AUGCAGAAACCGUCAAAAUGGAACAUAGGAGAUACCAACCUUGCAAAUUUUGGUAGUAAACUUGAAAAAGAUGCUCACCAUGCUGCUGCCGAAAAAGAACAGGCAUGGACUGACCCUUCUGCUGGGGAUCGAAUUAUUGAUUCUGGACUUUGGGUAUGGCGUAUCGAACAAUUCCAUGUGAAACCUUGGCCAAAGGAAAAAUAUGGAAAAUUUUAUGCUGGUGACAGUUACAUUGUCCUUCAUUCCAGAAAGAAUAAGGAUAACGAAACUUUAUCGCACAACAUUCAUUUUUGGCUUGGAUUGGAUAGUUCGCAGGAUGAAGUUGGAACAGCUGCAUAUAAAACGGUUGAAUUGGAUGAUUUUCUUGAUACAUCUCCAAUCCAACAUCGCGAGGUUCAAGGUCACGAAUCCAAACUAUUUUUAUCCUACUUUAAUCACUUUAUCGUUGAAGAAGGUGGCAUUGCUAGCGGAUUCAAACACAACGAACCUAAAUCAUACAGACCACGUCUUUUAAAAUUAAAACAAGUUGGACGCACAGUAGUAAUCCGUGAAGUGCCAAAAGAUUAUCGAUCACUUAAUAGCGGAGACGUGUUUGUCCUUGACACGGGCGUCACGCUAUAUCAAUUAAAUGGAAAAGAUUCUCAGGGGACUGAGAGGAUCAAGGCUGCAGAGUUUGUGAGAGCUGUUGAGUCUGAAAGAAAUGGUGCCACAAAUAUUAUUGUUGUUGAUGAAGGUGAUAAGGAAAUGCCUAAAUUCUGGGAAGCUCUCGGCAGCAAAGGUGAAAUUAAACCCGCUGAAGCAGAUGUUGCGACCGAAGCUGCUCAUUACGAGAAAAAACUAUAUCGAUUAAGCGAUGCCAGUGGACAAAUAAAAUUCACUCAAGAAGCAACAGGCAAUAUACGUAAAUCACAUUUCGAUACGAAUGAUGUGUUUAUUUAUGAUGCUGGGUUCGAAGUAUUCGUAUGGAUCGGAAAGAACACUACCGUUAAAGAAAAACGGUAUGCGCUUGACUAUGCUCAGAAAUAUAUCAAGGAACACGAUCGUCCCGAAUUUACACCAAUUUCGCGUGUUGUUGAGGGUGGGGAAAAUGAA